UGUCCACGAUGGCCCUGCAGUGUGGAUGACCAGCCCAGUCCAGGCCCUCACCUCAAUGGCCCCUUGAGGCUCUACGCCCUUAAUCUCCUGAACCACAGCCCCUGGUCCCAUUCAAGCCUGGCAGUCCGGUAGGAGUGAGCAGUCCAAGUCCGUGGAGCAAGCAAGCGGAAGGGGCCUCAGGAACUCUGGAAACAUUCUCCAACAACUCGGCAAAAUGACCAGCCUGUUCCGGCGGAGCAGCAGUGGCGGCAGCGCCGGUGGUGGUGGCAGCGGGGCUGGAGCACGUGGGGGUGGGGGAGGCCCUGCAGCCUCCGCCGCUGCCCCGCAGGAACUCAACAACAGCCGGCCGGCCCGCCAGGUGCGCCGCCUAGAGUUCAACCAGGCCAUGGACGACUUCAAGACCAUGUUCCCCAAUAUGGAUUAUGACAUCAUCGAGUGCGUGCUGCGUGCCAACAGCGGUGCAGUGGAUGCCACCAUCGACCAGCUGCUGCAGAUGAACCUGGAGGGAGGCGGCAGCACCUGUGACGACAGCUCAGACUCGGAGGAUAGCAUCCCUGCGGAGAUCUUGGAAAGGACGUUGGAACCCGAUAGCUCGGAUGAAGAGCCCCCACCUGUGUACUCCCCGCCAGCCUACCACAUGCACAUGUUCGACCGGCCUUACCCCAUGGCUCCCCCAACCCCACCUCCCCGGACUGAUGUGCUAGGCUCUGUACCCCCUUCAAACCAGAAGCGCUACCGGAACUGGAACCCACCACUGCUGGGAAACCUGCCUGAUGACUUUCUCCGUAUCUUGCCCCAGCAGCUGGACAGUGGUCAGGGUAACCUCGCCAGUCCCAAGCCUGCAAGCAGAGAGGGAGGCCCACCUCCUGUGCCCGGGCCUGACUCCCGGGACCAGGAGAGCCGCUGGAAGCAGUACCUGGAGGACGAGAGGAUCGCGCUCUUCCUGCAGAAUGAGGAGUUUAUGAAGGAGCUACAGCGCAACCGUGACUUCCUGCUCGCCUUGGAGAGAGAUCGAUUGAAAUACGAGUCCCAGAGAUCCAAAUCCAACAGUGUGGCCUUGGGAGGUGACCUUGGCUUUCCCUCUUCUGUCCCAGGAAACAGCGACACCAACCCCACUGCGUCCGAAGAUGCCUUAUUCAGGGACAAGUUGAAACACAUGGGAAAAUCCACCCGCAAGAAGCUGUUUGAGAUUGCCCGGGCUUUCUCCGAAAAGACCAAGAUGAGGAAGUCGAAGAGGAAACACUUGUUGAAGCAUCAUUCGCUGGGAGCUGCAGCGUCGACAGCCAACCUCCUGGACGACGUGGAGGGCCACGCCUGUGAUGAAGAUUUCCGGGGAAGGCGGCAGGAGGCACCCAAACUGGAGGGGCUCUUGCGAGAAGGACAGUAAGAGAGGCUGGCAGCUCCUCUUCUGACCCACUGGGGACACCGGCUGAGGCCGCCGCUGCAGCAGGACACACGGUGCUCGCUGCCCGCUGCCCGAGGCCCUCUGGCUAUCAGCGCAGCCACUGCCACUUCCCGCUGGACCCGGCACACUGGAGUCCCAGCCUGUGACUGGAGGAAGGACCUGGAGCCCACUUCCGUAGCCUGGCUUAUCCCAGCCAGGAGUGGAAAUGGAGGAACCACCCUUUUAAAAAAAGAAAAAAGAAAAAAAAGAACCAGUUCUGGAAGCAGGCCCAGGUUGCAGCUGGCAAGGUCAGGAUGACCCACCAGAGGCUCUUUGACUGCCAGACCUUCCUUCCUCCCUGCCUCCCUCCCUGCCUCCCUCCCUGCCUCCCUCCUGCCUUCUCCCUGCCUCCCUCCUGUCUCCCACUUUUCCUGGGGCUCAGGAUCAGCCUGAUCCCCCACUCCUUACUCCCUUCCAUGGCCUCCUGCUUCUUAGCUGGCAGUCUGGGCAACUGCAGGGUCACUUCCUGGAGGAGGGACAGCCUGCCGCCAGGCCAUCCUCUGUCUGCCCUGCAGGGAUGGACAGGGUGUCCCCUCCCAUCCCCGCCCCAGAGCUGCCCAAGUCUUUGGGGAGACCUGGCCUGUUCUGCGGCCACCUAACAGUGGAGGUUCCCAGGGGCAGGCAUCCCAGCUGGAUGGAGUUGGGUUCUGGAGGGACCCAGCGGAAAGGUACAGGGGCUGCAGAGCCAGUAGAAGGAGCUGGUGGCCUGGGUGUCAGCACCAAGGGCAGCAGGGCCUGCCAGGGGUCCCUUGCCAAGAGCAAGGUCAACAGCAAAGGUGGGCUUCAAGGAAAAACUUGGAUUCCAGGUGCACCCACAUGCUGUUUGUGGGCUGGGAGGCCGCCCAGUGUCCCUGGCUCCUCCCUCGACUUGGGAACAUGUCGACCUUUCUGAGAGUGAGAAUGCCUGGGUGGGCAUCAAAUCUGAAGGCAGUGGGGGCAUCCUGGUGGCCUCAGGUGGCUCUGAGGUGACCAGACACGGUGGGGGAUGGGGUGGAGGACAAGCACACGGGUUCUUUCUGGGCGCUCCUUGCUCCAUGGCCCCACAUGGCAAACUGACCAAGUUUGGAAGCAUGGCGCUGGCACUGGGCCCCUACAAGUGCCAAGUGGGCCGCCUGUCCCUGAUUGUCCCCACCACCCCGAGAGGCUCCCAAGGAGCAGCUUGGGGCUCCUGGUUCUGACCCCUCCCCGUGCCAGGGCCCCACAUCUCUCUGUGUGUGAGUGUGUGUGUUGCCUUGUUUUAUUAUUAUUAUUUUCCCUCUGAUGUGUUUUUUUUUUUCUUGGAACUGUUUCCUAGGAAUUCCUGUAAUAAAGACUUGCUGUUCUCUU